UUUCAGUUUCCAACCAACAUAGCAAGCCAGUUGUCCAGCUGUCAAUGCAAUUAACUUUUACUUUUAAAACAAAAACAUAAAAUUCUAUUGAGCUAAUGAGUUAUCUUAAAAUGGAUCCUGGACUGACUGCAGAUCCGGACUGUUGGUACUGUCGUGAAGUUGAGGCAAAUUCCAGGCGAGCGAGACGCAUGCGAGCCAUAAAGAAUUUCUUCAAUUCAGUGCGGUCUGUGGUGGAGGCACUGGGACUUAACAAAUCAAUUUUGGAGGUGAUUAUGAUUUUGCUGCUGAUGUAUCUCAUACCGGACAGCCGCUGGGCCUAUGUAGUGCUGGCCUUGUCGAUUUUUAAGGAAUAUACGCGCUUCAAAAUUCUGAUUGCUUGCUAUAUGCUCUACAUGUCCUUGCCCACCAUAAUCAUCUGGAUGCGCGUACUGUAUGAAUAUUGUUUCCUCUGACUAUAUCACUAUCAUUACUCUGACUAUCCUCGAAAUGCAGAAUAUUGAAACUUGCAAGUGUAACAACAAUAAAAACGUAGCUGCAUUAAUAUGCAAAUUAUAUGCAUUCAAGAAUAAAA